CGGGAACCAAUGAGAGUGCCCAGAAGCUCCGCGCCGCAGAUGUGGCUCCUGGCGCGGCCUUUGAAAGAGAAACUGUAGCUGAGGAAUCAUGGUGGGGUCGGGGCCCUCUGCUGCCACCGCUGCCUCCGCCGCCGCUGCGGAAGAGCGUCAGAAAAAGCUGCAGGAGUAUCUAGCAGCCAAAGGAAAACUGAAGAACCAAAACACCAAGCCUUAUCUAAAAGCCAAGAAUAAUUGUCCAAAUCCACCUCCAUCUAAAUCUACCAUUAAACCCAAAAACGAUGUUUUCAACUACGAUGUUUUGUCUGUCAAAGCUACAAGGCCCAUUAGCAUUAAACUCCAGUCCAGACCAGCUAAUAUAACAGGAUCCCAGAAGCCAAAGUUGGAGGCACCAAAACUUGUGGGCAAAAGUCUGACUUCAAGAGGUUUUUCUUCUAACCCAAAAUGUAAACCUUCCAACAAGAGUCACCAGCAACAUGAAGCUGGAUCAUCUGCUAAAAGAGAACUGUCAAGAAAAUCCAUGAGGCUGCCUAUUGCACAGAAACCAAAAACUACAAAGCAGCAGCUAACAGGCCAAGCAAAUGCAAAAUGUACAGACUCUGUGGAUAAUAACUAUGUUGAAAACAAAUCUUUGGAUAGCGUUUUUAAAGAGCUGAGCAAAGAGAACUUGCCUCAAACUUUAUCAGAACCAGAGAAGAAGCCAGAUCCUGCAUUAUGUACCACAAGUAAGGCAAAGACUAACUCUUAUAAUCAAACUAAGAGCAAUUUGACUCCUAAACAAGUCUCGGGCAAAAGUUUGGUGAAUGGUGCUGUUCUGAAAGAUAGGGUUAAUAAUAAACAAUUUGUUAGAAAAACACAAAUAAGGACUGUACCGGCACAAUUACAGCAACUCUCUAAAGGAACAGACCUUGCAAGACCAGAAAAACCCCCAAGGACAGUCCCCUCUCACUUUAUUCAGACCUUUAGUAGAACUCAAACAUCAAAAAAACCAGUGGACAAGAGUAUAAAGGAUGUAAAGGUUGAUAGGGGUAAAUAUGAACAACCAAAAGAAACUAAGGUACAAUUAUAUACUGUUACCGAAGAGAAAGUAAAACAUGCCAAACCCAAGACAUACCUCAGUUUGCUGCAGGGAGGACCUAACAGCAAACAUCCAAACAUCAAGCAAGAUCAGAAGUCCAUGCAGCCUUGUUUUAGGCCCCAGAUAUGUGUACUGCAAAAAUCAAAAUCCGUAAACCAGAGGCCUAAUUUGAUAGCUGGCAACUUUAACUCAGUCAUUCCAAGCACUCCUAGCAUAACAGCAAAUAGAACCAACAGCUUUCAACAGAGAGCACAGACUUUGGACCCCAAGUUGAAAAAGACUGUUCCGCAGAAGCAUUUCCUGAGCAAGACAGCUCCCAAAACUCAAGCUAGUGUCACAACUAGAAAUGGGAGAGGAGUCCCAAAUGCUACCCAAACUAAUCCAAAUAUUAAAAUGACAACAGCAGAGGAUCGAAGGAAACAGCUAGAAGAAUGGAAGAAAUCUAAGGGGAAAAUCUAUAAACGGCCUCCUAUGGAACUUAAAACCACAAAAAAAGUAAUAGAGGAAAUGAAUAUUUCAUUCUGGAAGAGCAUUGAAGAAGAAGAGGAAGAAAAGAAAGCACAGUUGGAACUGUCCAAUAAGAUUAACAGCACUCUGACAGGGUGUCUGCAGCUCAUUGAAGAGGGUGUACUUUCUAAUGAAAUAUUUACCAUUUUGUCCAACAUUCCUGAGGCUGAAAAAUUUGCUAAAUUCUGGAUUUGCAAAGCAAAGCUGUUGGCAAGAAAAGGCACCUUUGAUGUUAUUGGGCUAUACGAAGAGGCCAUUAAAAAUGGAGCAAAACCAAUACAAGAGUUGCGAGAAGUUGUUCUUAAUAUUUUACAAGAUCAAAACAGAACUACAGAAGGAACCACUUCUGACUCUUUAGUUGCUGUAACCAAUAUCACAUCAAUGGAAGAGCUGGCCAAGAACAUGGAAUCUGGAGAGCCCUGUCUUCCUCCAGAAGAGAGGGACCAGGUUCCAGAAACACCCCAAAUAACCAAGGCAGGACAGGAUAAUCAUCCUGGUAUCAAAUUACAGAUCUCUUCAAUCCCUAGAAAAAAUGGAAUGCCAGAAGUGCAAGACAUGAAGCUUAUCACUCCCGUGCGGCGUUCAAUAAGAAUCAACCAAGCCAUGUCCCAUUACCCGGAAAUGCUGCAGGAGCACGAUUUGGUAGUGGCUUCUCUUGACGAGCUAUUAGAAGUGGAAGAAACAGAGUACUUUGUGUUCCGUAAAAACGAGGCCUUGCCUAUAACAUUAGGGUUUGAAACCCUUGAACCAUAAUUUCUUAAUGCUUUUUUUCUUAAAAGUCUCUCAAAGGGCCAGGGAUUUAGCUCAGUGGUUCUGCCGCCUGCCUUGCAAGUGCAAGGUCCUGAGUUCAAUCCCUGGUACCAAAAAGAAAGUCUUUCAGGGUCUCCAUAAGACUUCUUGUCCAGAUGACCUGAAAAACUCGUAACAGCAAGGCAUCAUGAAUGCAGACUAUGGGCUUUUGGGGUUUUGGAAGUAAUUCACUGGAUUUACUCUCAAAUUUUAUAUCCCCGUAGGAAAGUCUUCAGUUUAUGUGUUAAGACUAUAGUUUGAGCACCGGGGAUUUAGCUCUGUGGUUUCACUGUCUGCGGCGCAAGCGCCAAGGACCCAAGUUCAAUCCCUAGUACCAAAAAAAAAAAGACUGUAGUUUGCUACAGUUUUACAGCAUACAUAAAUUUCAAAGUAUUGUAUAGAAUUUUCCCCACCACUGUGGAAGCAAUUUGCACUUUACUGAAAUACUUUAAUCUCGCUGUAGUUAUUUUCCAUAUCUGAAGGUUGACACUGCAACAGGAUGGACUUCCCUUUCGGCAUCCACCUUAGCAGAAAGAGCCAGUUCUUACACGUGGAAGAGCAGAAGUUUGAAACUAGCAUGCCAGGCUGGAAGGUCAAACCGCCCAAGUUACAGAUGAGCUUCUGCUAGCUGUGCCUUCACUCAGUGAUCACAAUUGACAUGUGUGGGUGAUCCCUGACUCCUGUCACAGCACCCCUGCUCAUAAGGGUGAUGCCUGUCCUUUCUGGGCCAUGUCUCCUUGAACAAAACACAGCCCUAGAUUGGGGUGGUCAUCUAGUUUUUUAUACCCAAACCUAAUUUUGCAUUUAUUAUGCAGAAAUGCUCAACUUAAAACAAAAGGGGAUAAGUGAGAAGGGUGGGGAGGGAGCAGUUGCUUCUUCACCUCUGUUCUUGACAGGGGACAGCUGCCUGAGAAGGCAGUGUGAGCCCCAGGGACUAUGACACAUGGCUUUUUCUAGCCCCUGGCAAAACUGCACUUGGAAAGGUAAAAUCAGAGUCAUGAUGUAAAUAUAAUGUAUAGAAAAGCCUAGGCAAUACAUUUCAAAUUUUAGCUUAAUAUUUAAGUAUUAUCUUAAAAAAAAAUAAAUUGUUGUUUA